AUGACUUUUGACUUGACUGAAUAUGAGGUUUCCUGCAUAGAAUCAAUCCGAACACUGUUCAUGGGUAUCCCAACUCACACCUAUUUAUUCCCAAAACCAAAGGAAGAGUCUUCCGAAGAAGUCACUGACAAACAAGAAGUUCCAGUUGAGCCAAAGGAACCUAAGGAUGAUGAUGAGGAUAAUGAAGACAAAAAUGAUGAAAAAGCUGAUGAUGAAAAGAAGACAAAACCAAAGGAAGAGUUAUUCACUAUAACUGAAGAAAAGAGAUUAACAUGGGCUGUAAAAAUGAUUGACCAAGACGGAAGUGUUGUACCAAGGGGUGCUUUUGUUGUCAAGAAGGAUGACGAGCAGGUAAUUGUAAAAAAUCAAACAUUCUUUGGAAUGGAUAAGUAUCAAGCAUCAAAGCUCUAUAACUUUGUCCACCUCAGAACACCAAUCCACAAAACAUGGGAAAAUAUAGUUGCUCAACAAUAUAUUGACAAGUCUCUUGAUUUUGCUGAUCCAGUUGAUGAUGACAUACCAUACGGUUGUUGGAGCGUCCAAUAUGAGGAAAUUAUUAAUACUGUAGUUGGAAGAAGUCUUUUGUGGCCUGGCUACGUCUUUUAUCACAAAAUUCAAACCCCAUUCUAUGGAGGUUUCUAUAUUGGAAAUGGUUUGAAGAAUGUUGACCUUUGUUUUAUGUUACCUUAG